GCUGGUAGACUGCUUGCCAGUUGUAGUGCAUUGGAUAUUGAAGCAACAGAAGCAGGAACCACUCGGAUGCACUGCAAACAGCAUAAUAUAUUAAGGGGCAUGUUUAAAAAAAAUGCAAAGGACGUUUGGGUCUACUUGCUCUUUAGGAGUCUUUGUAAAUGUGAGUUUAAAGAUUUAUACAGAGGAAGCUAAACAGCGGAAGAAGAACUGUUUGCUGUUCGAAAACUAGGUUAUCGUUUCCAAAAAGUUAUUUAUCUUUUUGUUGGAGUCUAUUUUUAACCUUAAACUUGACAGGAAGUUUCAUCACAGCUAUGAUUAUUGCGAAUCUACCAAAGAGGAAAUACUGUUUACAUUUACAAUUAGUUGGAAGAUGUAUCUGUCACUAAUUUUAUUUUGCUUUAUGACUGCUCUGAGUCACAAUAUCCCACAGAUGGAGAGGAAUGCUGGAGGCUGUGUUACUCUGCCCUGCAAAUACAACCGGAGUGCUGUCGAGGGAGCUGAUGGGACUAUUGACAUUGAGUGGACUGUCAGGAAUGUCACUGACCCAGUGAUCUGGCUGUCUGGGGGCAAGGUUUUUAAAAAGGUCCCAAGACUGAGCCCCAGGAUCUCUUUUGUGGCUCACAACAGUACCACUGGAGACGCCUCUGUGCGGAUUAUCUCCCUGACACCAGAAGAUUCUGGGCUUUAUCACUGCAAUGUUCGAAAAGGGGCAUACAUCAAUCUGAUUCUUGUUAAUGUCACAGUUUUAGAUAUGUUUGAUCCAGCUGUCGUUGGUGAAAAUAUCACAGAAAUCCAGAAGAAUGUUGGAGAAAGCGUUAUUCUGCCAUGUGGCUACAACCAGAGUGCAGCUGAGGGAGCUGAAGGGAAUGUUGACAUUGAAUGGAGCAUCAGAAAUCAAACUAACUUCACAGAAACACUGAUCUGCCAAUCUACAGUCUAUAAAAGGAACCCAGGGAUGAGCCCCAGAAUCUCUUUAGUGUCUGACAAUGAUACAACUGGAAAUGCUUCCGUGGCGAUUGUCUCCCUGGCAACAACAGAUUCUGGGCUCUAUCUCUGCACAGUAUGGAAAGGAUGUCACAUCUUGCAUCAGAAUACCGUUAUCGUCACGGUUUUAGUUGGGAAGGCACCAGCAGUGGCUUUGAUAUCACUGUAUGUCUUCAUCACUUUGGCUGUAUGCAUUGUAUUGAUCACUCUUUUGUUUCUGGGAUACUGUCAUUUCAGAAAAAUAAGAAACAACUCUGCAUCAUCCAUGUAUUAUAAGGAAAACGAACUGUAUGAAACUGUCCUACGGCGUAAAUGAUUCAAAGCAGCUCCUCCAGCUGUAUGAAGAGAAUUAACAGGAAAAGGAACAACCAGCAACACCACCAACACAAAAGCUUUGAACUCUGCGUUGCCAUGGUCACCUUGGAACACAAACUCCCUGACAACACUUCCAGUGCUUUACACUAUGCACAACCUACAGCGCAAAGCACUGCAGGGCUGAAAUAGCCACCUUGAAUACACUUUUAAUAUAAGGACCCUUUACAGGGAUGCUUAUCACUGGUAUUGAAGACAGCAGCACAGGCAUCCUGAACUACAUGAACUCUAGUUCUGGCAGUUAUUAAAAGUUCUUAGUAUCAUAAAACUGCUCAGGGGUUCCUUACAAAACAAGGUAGCUCAAGAUCACAUGCAUGGUAGUUGUACUGAAGGCUUAACUAAUUAUUCUCUUCUGUCCCUGCAUGCAUAAUCGUACCAUGUUAGGUUUCCCAUCGAUGCGAUAGUUUAUAAUGCAUGCGUGUUCUUUCAGUGUCCUACCAGGGCAACUUCUCGUACACCAUAGAGUUCACAUUAACACUUUUAAAAAUGUAAAAUCAAACAAUUAGAACCAAAUGCAUUUGAUGGAUAAUAAAUAAGGGGGGGGGGUAAUUGAAAAAUGCUAAUUUGUAUAUCCUGUUUGCUGUGAAGCCGGUGAUGUUAUUACACAGUAAAGAAUAAAUAUCAGCUCGUGUAAAAUAGUGUGCGUUGAAAGAGCGAGAGAGAGAGAGACAGGAUGUGUCACUUACAGAUAAGAUGUGAACAGAUCAGUAGCUCUCAGACUGACAUAUAAACAGCAAGGAGCUCUAGCAGUGUACCUGCUGAGACUUCUCAAUUGAAGAGCAUGAAAUUAAAAGAUCAGCUGCUCAGUGUUGGAGGGACAACUGGUACAGGUCUCAAAUAAUUAAGCAAAGCGGUGGUUCAGGCAGGGAACUCACUUUUAACCUCAGAUCAAAUCACGUCAACAUCAAGCAUAUUAUAGGUGCUUCCAAUGCAAAUAGUUCAUUCGAAUAGCUAGUAUCUUAUCAGUCUUUCAGUUACCAGUACCUUCAAUGAUCGACAGGGAAGGGAUUUAUAUCUUGCCUCAAUCCAUUAUGUCCCUGCUGUGCACCAGAGUUUGCCUCCUCCUCCUAACGUUGAGAGCAGCUAUCCUGCCCCCCCUGCCCAUGGCUUCCCUACGGUCAGCCUCUCCACCUUUCUGCAAGCUAAUUUAUGGGCAGGGGCACCUCAAAAGGCGAGUUCAAAGAAUGUAUUGUGAAAAUAUGAAUAAUGUAGUCAUGUUGUCUAGUCUAAGCUUUAAUAAAUCGCGUGCGUUUCCUGACUGAAUUGCACUUUUCAACGAAUCUUUUUAGUUUAAAGGCUCACCCGUGGGCCCAAAUGUAAUCUCAGACACACCUUGUCUCUAUGCAAAGCUGGUAUGCAAAAGAGUGUUUCCAUUAACCUGCGCCUCUUCAGCACUCUGCCCUUAGAGGACAGAAAUACAUCAAGAUAACUGUGACAUGUCGUACCCAUGCUUAACUGCUCUAUAAGUUUGUACUUAAAGAAUGAAAAUGAUACCUGAUCUAAUAAAAUGUUUGAAUGCAGAGACAAGUGUACAUCUUUA